AUGAGCAGCUCUGGGCAGGCCCGUUCAGGGCUUUCUGGGGCUGCUGGAGUCCGGGGUGCGCAGCAGCAGGCGCAGGAGCAGCAGCAGCGGAAGCCGGAGAAGGAGCAGCAGCAGCAGAAAGCUCAAGAGCAGCAGCAGCAGCUGGCGACGCGCGCAAAGGACUUCGCAGACCCCAAAGAUGACUGCAAAGGAGACGCGUCGUGGAUGGCUCCCCUUUUUGGGUCCCCAAGUUCGCUGCGUUUGGCGCUGCACGUUUUUGCCGAAAGGUCAGGGGGGGGCCACUCUGUGAUGGACUGCCGCCUCUUUGGCCGCAACAAAGUCGAAACUUGCAAGUGGAACGGCUGGGGCUACUGCGACACUUACGUGUCCAUGUCGAGCGCCUCAAUGAUUCGCCUUCACGGCUCCAGAUACUCCCUCUGCGGCGUGGACAUGGGCCACUGGCACGAAUUCAUGGAGUCCAUUCCAGGCAUAGAGUUUGCCUUCAGUUCGCCAGCUCAGGACACCCUCGUGAUACCCCCGCAGCGGGUUAACAACGAAGCCUUUAUUAAGGAGCUGCAGCAGCUGGCCCCUGAAAUUGAAGUGGCGAACUCUGAAAAGGAGCGGCUUUUCCAUGGCCACGGACACACCUGCAAUGAGAUCUUCGAGUUGAGAUACGGGACUGUGGCGAGGCUGCCCGACGUGGUGUUGUAUCCUAAGGAACACAAGGACGUGGAGGCCAUUGUGGAGUGCGCUUCGCGGCACAAUGUUUGCUUGAUUCCGUUUGGGGGUGGGACUUCGGUGACUUUGGGGGUGGCAGUGCCUGUGUCUGAAAGCCGCAUGGUGGCGACGGUGUCUUUAGCUUUUAUGCAACGAAUUCUUUUUCUUGACAAAGACGCUUUGCUCAUGUGGGUAGAGGCCGGGGCCGUGGGCGCUUCCCUCGAAGAAAGGCUCCGCAGGCACGGGGUCACUCUGGGCCACGAGCCCGACAGCAUGGAGUUCAGCACUGUGGGCGGGUGGGUGGCCACCAGGGCCUCAGGUAUGAAGAAGAACCGCUAUGGCAACAUAGAGGACAUGGUGGUGGACGUGGUGGUGGUCACCUCGAAGGGCAGUUUAAACCAGCAGCAAUCCGCGCCUCGGGUUUCCUCGGGCCCUUCUCUGCAGCAGCUGAUGCUGGGUAGUGAAGGGACUUUAGGCAUUAUCACGCAGGUGCUGCUGAAGGUCAAGUUGCUGCCCGAGUGCAAGGCCUACGGGUGUCUCGCCUUCCCUACCUUUACUGCUGGCGUUCAUUUUUUACGACAUGUCGCUUUGGACAAUUUACAGCCAGCCAGUAUUCGUCUGAUGGACAAGACGCAGACGCAGUGCGGCUCCCUUUUCAGGGUGUCACCCCCAGGGGGCCCCCCGUUGAAGGAGCUGUUGGCCGACCGCCUCAAGAAAUUUUACCUGAACAAAAUCAAGGGGUGGAAGGAAGAAGACCUGUGCGGCUGCACUCUUGUUUUCGAAGGCACCACAGAGGAAGUAAAUACACAACGAAACAACAUAUAUAAAGCUGCUAAACUCUACGGAGCCCUUCCGGCCGGGAGCAGCAACGGGGAGAGAGGAUACCAAAUGACUUUCUUAAUUGCAUAUUUGAGGGACUUCAUCAUGGAACAUCACUGGAUUUUUGAAUCUUUCGAGGCCUCCAUGGCGUGGCCGGUGGUGUUGGUUUGUUACCAGAGGGUUAAGGACAGAAUAAAAAGUGACUGUUCCCGCCUCGGCAUUAAAUACCCGCCUUUGGUUAUGGUGCGACUCACACAAGUUUACGACGGAGGCGCCGUUUUGUAUUUUUAUUUUGGCUUCAACUGGGCAGGGCUAAGGGAGCCCAUAAAGGUCUUCAGUGAAGUCGAACACAAUGCGCGCCAAGUCAUUCUAGACUGCAAAGGAUCGAUUUCUCACCACCAUGGUGUCGGGAAGCUCAGGAAAGAGUUCAUGGCCAAAGCAGUCGGCAAAACCGGGAUGGAACUCCUGCGCGCCACCAAGGACGCCGUCGACCCGCAGAACAUUUUCGGCAACGGCAAUAUGAUCUAA